AUGUCAAACUUUGUGCAAAAGGAAAGAGCUGAAACCACUGUCAAUAUUGACAAGUUGAAUGCCUUUUUAGAUCCUGAUCAUGAAAGAACUCAAAAUAUCUUUAAAGAAAUCAUUAAUGAUCCAAUCUUAACAACUCCAAGAAACUAUUAUGAUUUAACAAAACCUCAAUUAAGAGAAUUAUCUGCAAAGAAAAUUGCAAGAUUAUCAAGAUAUGUUGAAACUGAAGAUUUUGAAGAAUUUGAAGAAAGAAGUACACUUUUAGCAAUUGCUGAUCCAGCGGUUAUUACAAGAAUUGGUAUUAAUUUAAAUUUAUUUUGUAAUGCAAUUAAAGGUAAUGGUACUGAUGAACAAAUUAAAUAUUGGUUAUUUGAAAGAGGUACCAUGCAAUUGAGAGAUAUUUAUGGUUGUUUUGCAAUGACUGAAAUGGCUCAUGGUUCAAAUGUUGCCGCUUUAGAAACAACUGCAACUUAUAAUCCGGAACGUCAAACUUUUAAAAUUAAUACUCCUGAAUUAAGAGCUACUAAAUGGUGGAUUGGUGGUGCUGCUCAUUCUGCUAAUUAUGCUGUUGUUUAUGCUAGAUUAAUUUCAAAAGGUAAAGAUUAUGGUGUUAAGAUUUUUGUUGUUCAAUUAAGAGAUCCAAAUCAUGAAUUGGUUCAAGGUGUUACAAUUGGUGAUAUUGGUACUAAGAUGGGUAGAGAUGCUAUUGAUAAUGGUUGGAUUCAAUUUCAUAAUGUUGAAGUUCCAAGAGAAUUUAUGUUGCAAAGAUAUACCAAAAUUGAUCCAGAUGGAACUGUUCAUUUGACUCCAUUAGAACAAAUUAGUUAUAGUGCCUUAAUUCAAGGUCGUGUUGCAAUGACUAUGGAUUCUUUUAGACAAGGUGCAAGAUUUAUUACCAUUGCAUUAAGAUAUGCUGUUGGUAGACAACAAUUUGGUAAACCUGGUCAAGAAAAUCAAAUUAUAAAUUAUGCAUUACAUCAACAUCGUUUACUACCUUAUUUAUCUUUAGUUUAUCUUUUAGGUCCAGGUUCUCAAAAAUUGGUUAUUGAUUACCGUCAAAUUUUAAAAGAUUUACAUGAUGGUAAAAAUCUUAAAAAAUCAAUUGCUGAUUUGAAAGAUUUAUUUGUUAAUUCUGCUUCAUUAAAAGCUACAAAUACUUGGUUGAUUUCUCAAUUAAUUGAUGAAGCAAGACAAGCUUGUGGUGGUCAUGGUUAUCAUGCUUAUUCAGGUCUAGGACGUGCUUUUAAUGAUUGGUCUGUUCAACAAACUUGGGAAGGUGAUAAUAACGUUUUAUCUAUUAAUGCUGGUAGAUCAAUUAUUAAAUAUUAUGAAGCUGGUCAAAAGGGUAAGAAACUUGGUGAAGAUUUUGAAUAUUUAAAACAAAAAUUUGAUUCAAAUUUGAAAUUUGAUGAUGAUAGAUCUUUAGUUGAUAUUUGGUCUUUAGUUAUUAUUAAAGUUGCUCAACAUGCUUUAUCAAUUUAUAAUGGUGAUUGGGAAUCAGUUUCUCAAGAACGUUUAUUAUUAUCAAAAUUCCAUUCAAAUCGUUAUUUAACUGAAACUUUUUAUAAACGUUUAACAAAAUCAUCAGAUUUAGGUUCAAAAGAAAAAGAAACUUUGAAAACUUUGUUCAAAUUAUAUACUUAUUAUUUUAUUGAUAAAUUUGCUGGUACAUUUUUACAAUUUGAUAUUUUAGAUGCUUCAAGAUUAACUCAUAUUCAAGCUGAAACUAAAAAAUUAUUUAAUGAGUUAAGACCAAAUUUAAUUGGUUUAACUGAUGCUUUUAAAUAUCCAGAUGAAAUUAUUAAUUCUUCAUUAGGUAAUUUCAAUGGUGAUUUCUAUAACAAUUAUUUCCAAGAUGUUGUUCAAAAUUAUGGUAAAGGUGAUAAAGCACCUUAUAUUGAUGUUUUAACUGAUGUUUUGAAAAGACCAUCAUUAGAUGAAUUAAGUUCAUUUUCAAAGACUAAAAAAACUUUAGAAAAAUUAGGUGAUGAUAUUUAA